AAGGAUUUCCCAACUGAACGCAUCGUUCGUAUCGGUUUAUUUACAGGUGAAACGUCUUCUGGUAAAAGCAGCUUGAUCAAUCUUAUUCUUGGAGAGGAAAUUCUACCCUAUUCCCAUAAAUGCUGUACAUCCACCAUAUGUGAACUGAAGUAUGGGGACGAACGCAGGCUGGUGGUGCACUUUAAAGACAAGGAUCAUCCAGAAACAGAACUCCCAACUGAGGAAAUCUUACUUGCGCAGCCAACAGAAUCUUUCAGUUACCUUGAUCAGAUCUUUUCAUAUGUUCAUGUGAAGAAUGACAGCGGAAAUAAAGGUUCAGUUGUCAAAAAGGUCGAGCUUUUUUGGCCGCACAGUCUUUUGCAGGUAAAUCAACCUCAUUUGCCCGCAAAAGUUUGUAGAUAGACUGAUAGUUCCAGAGCAGUUUUAGUCCAUUGUGGUCUUCAAAUAGUGUUAUAAAUUAAAUCGAUGACACUAAAGUUAAUAUGUUCUUUAAUUUACACUGGAUAUAUCACUGGAAAUUAUUGACAAUUUCUUGCAAAACAAAAUUAUUUGACCAGCGAUCAAUUACAUUUUAAAAAGAUAAGGUUACUUUAACGACAAUGUGCUCUCUCGUCCACAUAGGCAACAUAGGUAAACGGGCAGAGUACGAUGAAGAGGUUGAAGUUGGAAGGCAAAAAGGCGGGAGCCUCUUCGAGGCUUUCUUGAGAGGAGAGAGGAUGCUUUAAAAUGUCCGGAGAUUACUUAAGUUAAAUACAAUAUAUUCCCGGAAAUGCUACUUUUCUCAAGAAAUUAUUUUGAAUCGGUUACAAAUUGCCAGUUUUUAGAUGAUCCUUGUUGAAAAGCGAUCAAAAAAAGGUUCCGUCGAUACUUCUUCUGUCGGUCAUACUUCCUUAACUCAUUUAUCUAUUUUCUCUCUCUUUUAUCUCUACUGAUUGGGCUGUUAGGCAGUUAUUGUAAUUUUAGGUGUGUUUUGAUUUUCUUGGUUACUAAUCAUAGACAGGAUUAGUAAUCAUUGACAGCCCUGGUGUCGGAGAAUCUGAUGAGAUGGACAAGAUGGUAGUCCAGUAUCUACCUAAAGCGUUUGCUUUUGUCUAUGUCAUUAACAGUGCAAACGCUGGUGGAAUUCAAAAAGACAGGGUGAGUAUUUUAUCCUUUUCUGUCGAUUUUACCCAUACGUUCCUCAUAGAAGGUUGGUGAGGGGGCGGGCAUAGGCACUCGCGCUUCAAUCCGUGUAUUUAAAAUUCUCUACAUUACUUCCACUUGAAACUAGAUGAUUUUUUUUCUGGGCGGGAGCGCACUUCAGUGGGAAAUUUAAAUAGCACUGGGAACAUUCAGUUAAUUUAACACGUCGAGAUUGUGUUGAGACGUGAUGACUAAAGGUCAAAAAAGGGUCCUCAGGGGAAUCGCCAUCUUGAAAUAAAAGCCAAAAUGGUUUCCGAGCAGCAGGGUUGUAGUCAGUCUCCUGCAAGCUUCUAUUUUGACAGCAGUACCGCUUUGGUUCGACUAAUUCUGUACGUUGUUCUAGUUCUGCAGUUUAAAAAUGUGCGAAUUUUCUGAUACGGGUAAUUUACUUGUGAAUGGAGAAAAGCAUCAUUUUAGAGCUACAAAUUUAGGCCGAGUCAGUUCCGAUGAGCCUUUGGCACAAAUACAGUUAACGUUUGUCAAGACAAACUGCCACUUCACCAGUUCUCCCUUUUGCUACAUCAAUGGCGAAUAACGAAUUAAAACUUUACAUCAGCAAGAGACUGAAGAAGUGACCUGUUGGCACAAUUUUUUUCUCACAGCUUGAAAAGCUGCUGGUUAUGGCGAGGGACAUGUCACUCGGGGAUCCAAACCAAGAAAAAGAAGAAGGUGGAUUAACGUCCGUUAUAGAGGAAGAUCCCUUAUCCAAAUGCGCGUUGUUUGUGUGCAACAAGUGGGAGCAAGUGCCAGAGCAAGAAGUUCAAUCAGUCAAAGAUGAAACCGUAAAAAAACUAGGAAAUGUCUGGCCCGGCAUUGAUCCCGAAUCACAAAUCACCCACAUGUCAACCGCUAGAGCUGUAACUGCUCAAAACCUUGGUGUUAUCACCGAAGAAUUUUCCUCUGUAAUGGAUGGAAUAAAGUCAGUGAUCCUGAUGAGCAUUGAAGCUAAGUUGGAACUUCAUUGGAAGUAAGCGUUAAUUUAUAAACUCUACUCUCUCCUGCGUCAAAAAAGGCAGCGAUACUAAUAUUCUGCCAAUACGCUCAGACCCUUCGAUGCAUGCACAACAGUUCUACCUUUUUUCAUUCUGGUUAAGAUGAAAUUAAGACAGGAGGACUAAGCAUUUUGCGAAGACUUCGCUGUAAAAGUGCUUGAGGUGCUGAGAAAAAAGCCGCAUUGUGUGAUUCGAACUUUUUAUUUACCGAACUUAAUGACUUUUUAGGUCGACCAAAAUGAUACAAGUUCGACGGUUGAUUCAAACGUCAAACUUCAUUUGUCGGACUCAAUUCAUUUUCACGACGUACACUGGUCUACAAUGCUUGUCAUUGAAAAUAAAUUAUAGUAAUUUAUGCAUUAUGUUUGGCACAUGAGAAGUUCAAUCGACGAGUAAAACAAAGUCGCUCCACAGUCGAAAUUCUCACGUGGGUCACUCGAUCUCGAUUCCAUAAAAAUUGUAGCCUAUAGCCAUUUUUUCUGGAGAAUUUGAUGGGAGUCUGACUCUAAAAUCGAUAUUAGUUCAAUUGGACUGAGUUUGGAUAAGGAUGGGGUGCUAGGUAAAAAUCGACUUGUGCUGGCGGUAAUUAAUGCAAGAGAGGGAAUAAUUUUCAUAUUGUCAAAGUUGGUUAACACUACCUUCUUUGCCUUUCCUCAAAGGUGCGAUCUUUUUUCUUUGUGAUUAAUUGUUGCCACAGAUAACUACACGUGCUUUCAUUUUUUAGUUGGCUUCACAGAUUUCUUACAACGAUUGUGAUUCACGCAAAAGUGUUCUUGGAAAAUGCUUCCAAUACCCAUGACGACAUCAACCAGAAAAUGGAGAAGGUUAUUCACCGUUUAAAUGUAAUGAAAAGAGGUCAAAGGAGAGUGAUUCAGGACCUGCAGGCAUCUUUCAACGAAAAAGUCCACACUAUUUUGUGCCAACUCUCGGAAUAUCUCGAUUCUGAAGACGCAAUGGCGCGCUUUACAUCAUGGUCGGAGAACGAAUUUCCAGAUCAGUAUAUAUCGGCUUUGACUCCGGAAGUGGGAGAGAAAAUAGACACGCUACUGUCUAGCCGUUUUCAAGAGGUUGUAAAGCAAUGGGAGGAAGAAAACCAUGUGUUUGCAGAUGCUCGCCUUUCCCUCGUGAAAAAGGUUAAGAAUUGCUACGAUGAAGCUGAAUUUCAGAGAAGGAAUCUCCUAUUCGACGCCACAGACGUACCUCGUGGUGUUAGCAAUUUUAAAAAGUUUCGGUUUUCCAUCCCCAGAAAGGCGUACAUGAAGAUAAGAAUUCUUACCUUCGCGGUGUUUGGCUUAGUCGCCGACGCUAUGGAUGUCAGGUUUAUCACUGAGUUGUAUGGGGGUUCCAAAAUUGACUUUAAGGAUGUUAUCUCACAAGCUUCAGUAACGUUUCUCUCUUCUAGAAGAGAGAAGAGGCAACUUAAAAAGUUUGUGGAGGGCAAAUUAAACGAUGUUAAGGACUGUCUUGGUAAAAUUGAAGUUCGUCUUCCAGAGCUGAUAGAGGAGGACAGAGAACUUUAUUCAGAGCUGUAUGGGCAACUCUUAUGUAACCUUGAGCAGGAAACUCACUUCCAGGAGGAAAACAAAGACCGCUACCGGAGGAUACGGGAUGAGGGGUCACAAUGCAGAGAUCAACUGGCACUAUUUGGUCUAAAAAAUGUUUGUACCACCAAAAUCAACCACGAAGAAUUAGAAUGGAAAGAAGAAAAGUCAUCGCUCCUGGGCAGUGGGUCAUUUAGUGCAGUUUAUCAAGGAGCAAUGAGAAGAUGCGGCGAAGUUGCGACUGUGGCUUUGAAGGUGUUCAAUGAGGCGCUAAAUGCCGAUAACGCCAGCGAAAUCAUGCAGGAGAUGAAAAUGUUAAGGCAAGUUAAAACGUUUUGUUUUGUUUCUUCCCUACACGUUCUUGUAGGUCAUUUUUGUACGGAAUUUGAAUUCCUGUUUUUGAAAGACAAACUUAGGAUGAGUUGGAUUGACCUUCAGAAAUAUUCCGUAUUAAGGACAAGUGGAAAUAAAUUGUAGAAAUCACUUUUUUUGGCAUUUACUUCAUUGCAAUACCUAGAAAUUUGCUUGAAAUAAAAUAUUCCAAUGUAUGUAGAGUUGACCUGGUCCAAAAUCUACGGUAGAAGAGAUUUCAUUGUAACAAAACUUGCUUUUGAGGAUUCUUAUUCCGGAAUACGAUCAAUGGAAAGUACCCUGUGUUGUAAACUAAACAAAGUUGAAGAAACUGACUGAGGUUAAUUGCACCUCUUUCCUUUGUUCAUAUGUCAGAAUUCUAAAGCACCCUCACAUCGUGCAGUUUUAUGGCAUAUAUCUUGAUAUGAGCAGCCCUAUGAGCACUAGAGUCAUCUUUGUCAUGGAGAAGUGCAAAGGAAACUUAAGGAACCACAUCUUCAGAGACGUGGAGUCAACGCCUGGUAGAUCUAAAAAGGCUACUACCGUCAAAGAAGUUUGCCACUGGGCAAAACAGAUCAUUGAUGGUUUGGCUCAUAUUCAUGAAUUGGGAGUUGUGCACGGGGACUUUAAGCUGGAAAACAUCUUGGUAUGAAGAUAGAAUAUUUUAAUAUCGUGAUUGUAAAAGUCUGUUGAUGUAUACAAAUUGGAGUCCUCUCGGAAAUAUUGAAAGGGCAAAUCUUGCAAUGAAGUCUUCUCUCUGGAUUUAAUUAAUUUGAGUGUCAAAAUAUGGGAGACAGUGAGCUGAAACCAUUGUGUCUUUCUCCUUUUGUAAACAAUAGUGGAUAUCAAGGUAUCAGGAGAGAGAGAGAGAGAGAGAGCUGUGAAUAGUCUAUCGAGUGCCCUUUCUUGUGGGUGAUCCAUUUUUUGGUGGGGGGAGGGGGCGGGGGGAUCUGUUUCCUUUUCACGAUUAGCAGAAAAAGAGGACUACUUAAAACAAGUCCAAAGUAAAUAUCAGUUGUUUCCUUGGGGUGGUAAUGAAAAGUCAAAUGUGACUCAAGUGACUCCGAAGAAGGCGUUGAUCGAAGGCGUGGUCAGAACAGGCAGUCAGCUACCACGCAGCGUGGAAGUUGUUUGGAAACACACCAUUACAUUUACCCUGCGAACAAAGACUUCUCUCGGGUAUGGCUUUUCGCGUAAGCGACACGAACGACUUCGUAAACGCUAAAAGCCAUGCCAGAGAGAAAUCGUUGCUCGAAGGGUAAAUUACAUUCCUAGUUUAAUGGCCUAUUUCCCCACAAGUCUUUCGUAACUUAAUGUAGAGUAUCUGUACUAUUCGCCAGAAGGUCAAAGGUUCGACUCUUGUCGGAAGAACUCGGAAUUUUCCACUCGACUAGCCGGCGUCACAAACCAAGAAAAGCAUAAUCUUUGUCUGAACUAUUGCACUAUUUUUAUAAUGCAUUGUUCCUUUAAAGUUGUCUGAAGAUAACACAGUGAAGAUUGCAGACGUUGGCCUGGCCAAAGCAGAAACAGAGAUCACCGGCACCUUUAAGGGAACACCUGUUUAUAUGGCACCUGAAGUGUUUCAUUCCAAAAUGUACGACUCCAAGGCAGACAUCUACAGCCUGGGGCUGUUAAUGUGGGAGAUGUGGUACGGAAAGCGGGCCUUUGGUGACGCUCCAGGAACAACGCCCCAAGGUUUGUUUGACUGGGUCGAUAAAGGAAACCGUCCAGUUCACAAGCAGGGCUGCAAGACGCCUCCAUCCGUCUGGGAACGGUUGAUGACACAGUGUUGGGACGGGGAUGCAGAUAAACGCCCAACAGCCAAGGAAUGUAUGGAAGAAGUCAAAAAAAUGGCAGUUUGUAACUAA